ACCAAACAUAAGCAAGAUGGAGAGUGAAUGUCACUAAUUCGCUAAUUUUGAACGUCUGGAAAUCGUAGUGGUAGUUGAAACAAAGUAGUUAUAUUUCAAAGAGUCAUACAUUAUGUUGUAAUCUCUUCAGUGAUACCAUCAAGUGCAAGAGAAAGUUAUUUCGAAAGAAGAAUUUAUAGUGUUGUAAAUGUCAACAUCGUUGAAUGACCAACGGUGCAGGGAAAGGAAGACGACAAUUAGCACAGGUGUUGUGGCACUUGUUGUGAGGCGUCUGCCACUCAUACUUGUGGCAAGGUGUAGUGUUGUGUUGUGAGGAACUGUUGUGAGUGUUGGCACAGCGGUGAGUUACUGAAGUGAGAAGAAAGUAAGAGCAACAGUAUCCUUGCGCUGGCCAGGCCUUCCACAGGCCAGGGAAAGGUCAGGCCUGAGUCAUCUAGUGACCUGCACUACUCUCUCCAAGACCUCACACUUCACAACCCACUGAAUUAGGUGCACACCUGGCAUAGUGCCCCAGCAGGAAGGUAGCAAGUGUUGUGAACAGCUUGAGACACCAUCACAGAAAGAAUGACAUUGGAACUAGGAACUUGCCAGUCUGAGUUCUUCUCACCCUGCUACAUUGUAAGUGCUAAGACGAGAAGAAAGUAACUCCAGUGUUAGUGUUUAAUAAAAACUCAUACAUAUGAGAACUAAAGAUGUAUUUUUAGUUACAAACUUCAAUAUGGUUUAUGUAAACCAUGGUCAUUUUUGACCCCGGUAGAACUUAGUGCCUUGAUAAGUAUAACUGGACUGUCAGUGUAUAUUAGUGCAUGGCAGCUGGUGAUCAUCCGUCCUAAGCAAUCACAGUCACUAUGUACAGCAACAAGAUGGAUGAACGACUGAAGGAAUUACUGCUUGUAUAUCGCAACAAAUUCGCUCAGAUUGAUGUGGAGCGAAUCAUUCCAUUCCUAAGAGACACUGGUUUGGUGUCCUCUGAGGAUGUUGAUGCCAUCCGUAGACAUCCGUCCCCUGGACAGAGAAUACAUACACUCUUAGAUAUAUUACCAGCUAAGGGUUCUCAGGCAUUCCAGACACUAUGCCUUGCCUUAGAGACAACCUAUCCCCACCUGCUAACUAUCAUGUUAAUUGGAGCAUCGCAGCGCACCCCACUCUAUGUAUCUCGUCAAAUUGGCUAUUUACUUUGGCUACAGUAUUUUGCUCCUGGACGUUUUGUUUCUGUAGAGGUGGACUGCUGGCAUGAGGUGUGGGAGGCGGGGUUUAAAAUGAAGGGUUGCUUGUCCUAA